UUAUAUAUAUAAAUGCAGGCAGCUAAGAAAGAAGAAAGAUGAUAGAUAGAUAGUAUAAUCAUGGUAGUCCUGCAGCUUCGUGUGAGUGCCUCAUUUCUUCUUAUUGUUCUCCAGCUCCUCCUGGUUCUGGGCAGUUGCCGAGACUUGAACAUCGUUGACGCCAGCAUAAAUGACAUACAGCGCGCAUUUACCCAGAGAGACCUCACAUCUCUCCAACUCGUUGACUUUUACCUGGAGAGGAUCCAGGCCCUCAACCCGCUGCUCCGAGCUGUGAUAGAAGUGAAUCCUGAUGCACGAGCUGAAGCUGAGAAAGCUGACAAAGAGAGGGAGGAGAAUAGUGAACGAAAAAGGAGUAUGAUGCACGGAAUUCCUGUGCUCCUUAAAGACAGUAUAUCUACGAAGGAUAAGCUGAACACCAGCGGUGGAUCGUACGCGCUGCUGGGGUCUGUGGUGGCUCGGGACGCUGGGGUGGUGGAGAGGCUGAGGACGGCGGGGGCGGUGAUUUUAGGUAAAUCCAGUAUGAGCGAGUGGUACCAUUUUCGAUCAAUGAGCAUUCCGGAUGGGUGGUGCCCUAGAAGUGGGCAGGGCAUGAAUGCAUAUGUUGAAGGGGGAAAUCCAUGUGGUUCUAGCAGUGGAUCUGCUAUAUCAGUAGCAGCUAACAUGGCUACUGUAUCAUUGGGGACCGAAACCGAUGGAUCCAUCUUCUGCCCUGCUGACUAUAACUCCGUUGUUGGCAUCAAGCCCACCGUUGGACUCACCUCUCGAUCUGGCGUCAUUCCCCUCUCACCCCGCCAAGAUACAGUCGGGCCCAUCGCGAGAACAGUCUCAGAUGCUGUUUACGCUCUGGAUGCAAUUGUGGGGUUUGAUCCAAGGGACUCUGAGGCAACACAACCUGCAUCUUACUUCAUCCCAAAAGCUGGUUACAAACAGUUUCUCAAUAAAAAUGGACUAAACGGAAGCAGAUUAGGUGUGGUCAGACAUCCAUUCUUGGCUCUGUCAAAGAGGUCCCUAGCAAUUCCAGUUCUUGAGGCCCAUCUCCAAACACUUAGGGAAAAUGGAGCAAUUAUAAUUGACAAUCUAGAGAUACCAAAUAUCAAUGUCAUCCUGGACCCUUACCAAAGCGGUGAAUUAGUGGCAUUGUUGGCUGAGUUCAAGCUCAGUUUAAACGAUUAUCUUCAACAACAGCUUAUCACUUCCCCUGUCAGAUCAUUAGCUGAUAUUAUAGACUUCAUCAACAAUAAUCCCAAAUUAGAGAGCACCAAAGAUUUCAAUGGGCUAGAGAUAUUGGCUGGUGCAGAGCUAACAAAUGGGAUGAGAGAUGAAGAAAAGAAGGGCAUGGAGAUGAUGCAAACACUAUCACGUGAUGGAUAUGAGAAAAUGAUGAUAGAUAAUGAAUUGGAUGCAAUGGUAACAAUAGGGUCAGCUGCCUCAACAGUGCUGGCAAUUGGAGGGUAUCCUGGGAUCACAGUCCCUGCGGGAUAUGACACUGAUGGAAUGCCAUUUGGUUUGUUUUUCGGAGGGCUAAAAGGAAUGGAGCCUAAGUUGAUUCAACUUUCUUAUGCUUUUGAACAAGCUACCAUGAUCAGAAGGCCUCCUUUUCCCACAAUACAACACCCCUAUCAUUAUCAUUCUCACCACUGUUUGGUAAAAUAGUUAGCCUAUAAACUAAUUUUAGCUUAUUUGACCACUAUUAAUUGUUUUAUUUUGGUUAA